AUGACGGCAUGUUAUGUAGAGCCCCCUCCCAUUAUGAUCAACAAGAUCAAUCAGAAUCAGGCUAAGUGUAUUGGUUACGUGUUUGAUGCGCGUCAACGAAACGGCCGUCAGCCGGGGCCUCGGCCUCGGCGGGUUUUAAAGCCCCCACCUUUUGAAAACUAUCGAAUCUACCAUAAUUUUCCCUUUUUCUUUUUCAAAUCUUCUUUUAGAUCGUCGCGGAUUUAUCGUAGGGAUGCCGGCUUGGCUUGCUGCGUAGAUGCUGCCGUAGCGCCUCCUGGCUACGCAGCUUUCAUUGCCGGGACAGCUCCCUUCGCGGCGGUCCCUUUUUCUUCUCCACCCACCACCGUCACUGCCCCGCGCCGCCCUAACUCAAACUCAACCCAUUGGUCCCCGCUCACUCCUCAGCUCUCUACCGUAUCGACGGCUGGGGCCCCUUAUUUUUCCGUCAACAACUCCGGCAAUAUCACCGUCCGUCCUUACGGUACGGACACUCUGGUCCACCAAGAAAUCGACUUGUUGAAAGUCGUUAAGAAAGUUUCGGAUCCGAAAUCGGUGGGCGGACUCGGGUUGCAGCUUCCCCUCAUUGUUCGCUUACCCGAUGUGCAAAAUCGGCUCGAGUCGCUUCAAUCGGCUUUUGUGGCCAUCCAAGCCCAGGGCUACGAGUCUCACCAAGGCGUUUAUCCGGUGAAAUGUAACCAAGACAGGUUUGUUGUUGAAGACAUAGUCAGAUUCGGGGCGCCAUUCCGAUUCGUGGAGGCUGGGUCAAAACCCGAACUUCUUCUUGCCAUGAGCUGCCUUUGCAAAGGAGACCCAGAAGCGUUAUUGGUUUGCAAUGGUUUCAAAGAUGCUGAGUACAUUUCCCUUGCUUUGCUAGCAAGGAAACUCUCUUUAAACACUGUUAUUGUUCUUGAACAAGAAGAGGAGGUGAAUAUGGUUAUUGAUAUAAGCAAGAAGCUUUCAGUUCGACCCGUGAUUGGAGUCCGAGCCAAGCUGAGAACCAAACACUCGGGCCAUUUCGGGUCGACUUCAGGUGAGAAAGGGAAGUUCGGGUUAACAACGACCCAGGUUUUGAGGGUUGUUAAAAAGCUCCAAGAUUCAGGGAUGCUUGGUUUGCAAUUGUUGCACUUCCAUAUUGGAUCCCAAAUCCCUUCAACCGCUUUGCUUCAAGAUGGGGUUGGUGAAGCUGCACAGAUCUAUUCUGAAUUAGUCCGUCUUGGUGCCGGCAUGAAGGUUAUUGACAUUGGAGGCGGCCUUGGAAUCGAUUACGACGGGUCCAAAUCCGGUAAUUCGGAUCUCUCUGUUUCUUAUGGUCUACAGGAAUAUGCUUCAGCCGUUGUUAAUGCAAUUCGGUUCGUUUGUGACCGUAAAUCUGUUAAGCAUCCGAUUAUUUGUAGUGAAAGUGGGAGGGCUAUUGUUUCUCAUCAUUCUAUUUUGAUAUUUGAGGCUCUGUCUGCUACUGCUCCUACUACCCCAGCAAUGAACCAUAUUAACAUUCCGUUUAUUAUGGAGGGGCUGUCUGAGGAUGCUCGUGCUGAUUAUUCGAAUUUGCGUGAUGCAGCAAUGAGACAUGAGAAUGAGACCUGUUUGCUUUAUGCUGAUCAGUUGAAGCAAAGAUGUGUCGAACAGUUUAAAGAAGGCACUUUGGGGAUUGAACAACUUGCCGCUGUUGAUGGGUUAUGUGACUUUGUUUCCAACGUGAUUGGUGCAUCUGAGCCUGUUAGGACAUACCAUGUGAAUCUUUCGAUUUUCACUUCGAUCCCUGACUUCUGGAGUAUUGGUCAAAUUUUUCCUAUAGUCCCGAUUCAUCGAUUGGAUGAGAGGCCUGAAGUGAGGGGGACUUUGUCUGAUUUAACUUGUGACAGUGAUGGGAAGAUUGAUAAGUUCAUUGGAGGAGAAACAAGCCUGCCUUUACAUGAGCUGGACGGUAAUGGUGGUGGUAGCAGUGGUGGUGCGAAUGGGCGGUACUAUUUGGGGAUGUUCUUGGGUGGGGCUUACGAGGAGGCCCUCGGUGGAGUCCACAACCUGUUUGGCGGCCCAAGCGUCGUUAGGGUGUUACAGAGUGAUGGUCCACAUAGCUUCGCGGUUACGCGGGCGAUGCCUGGCCCAUCAUGUGGGGAUGUCCUCCGGGUGAUGCAGCACGAGCCCGAGCUCAUGUUCGAGACCCUCAAGCACCGUGCCGAAGAAUUUUUUGGGCAGGACCAUGCUAAUAAUGGCGCCAAUGCUGCUUUUGCUAACAGCCUUGCUCGCUCCUUCCACAACAUGCCUUACCUUGCGAAGGUGUCUUCCUGUUCGUUGACUGCCAUGAAUAACAAUGGUUUUUACUAUUGCAAUGAGGAAGAUUACAAUGCUGCUGUGGAGUCUGGGGCUAGUGAGGACGAGCAGUGGUCCUAUUGCUGCGCCUGAGGCAGCGUUGUACAAUUUGCCUUGUUGCAUGGUUUGUCAGUCCCUGAAUGUCUCGUUGUUUUAAUUUUUACUUUUAUUGUUAAUUUCCAUCUUUUAGUGAGCAAAAAAUGUUAUCAGACAGGGGCUUUUGCAUUUUGUCGGGAAAGAGGGAUGGGAACCGAAUCCACCCUUUUCUGUAAAUUCGGGAUCUUAUUCCCUCUUGUUCAUGUUUCUUUUAAGUAGACUUUCUCAGUUUUAGCUUUUUUGAAUAUUUCAUUUUUGUUCUUAUUCUCA